AAGUCAUGUUGACUGGUACCUUAUUUUAAGAACAAAUUAAAAUACAAGUCGGAAAUUUCCUUUAUGUUUUAUUGCAACUAACAAACAACUAAAAGACAGUAAAAUACUUUCUGGAAAUAUACAUAAACAUUGACGUCCCCCCAAACAAGUCUUUAAUUAAUACCAUCAUCGCUUUCUUGAGUCUUGCAUGCCAAUCCACCCAACACCCUCUCAUCUUCUUCAUAUAUUAGCCUCCUUCUAAAGCUUUUCACCAAACAGUCCCUUAUGUCUUCUCCAAACCCGAUCCAUUUCGUCGAAGACGCGCUCUUCUGUGCUGGUCCGCUUGCCCUCUCCUACUCCGAUCCGGAUCAGAAAUGGGUCAUCCGGGAACACCUCAUUUCUCUCUUUCAGGAUUUCCCUUCUCUCAGACCCUCUACAGGUUUCUUCACCCACAACGACGGCACUGAGGUUAAACUCCUCUACGCUACCGGUGACCUACCCGUUUCUCGGCCCAGCCCGCCCGUGCCCGUAACCAUUUGGGUGCCGGAACUCUACCCGCAAGCGCCUCCGUUUGUCUAUGUGAACGUAGAGUGUGUUAUGCAUCCCAUCUACGAUCACCACCCGUUUGUUGAUUCUUCCGGCGCCACCGUAUCUUCCUACCUUCUAAACUGGCAAUUUUCUAAGUGUAAUCUCUCCGACCUCGUCCGCAGUCUGAUCAAGCUCUUCUCCCACAACCACCCGUUUCACUAUUCGGGCCCCCCGAGUUCGACCCACCCGUCGAUGGUCACGAAAAUGGAGGCAGUGGACCGGGUCGCCUGCAUGAUCCACUACGACAUGGCGGCGAUCAGGGCGAAGAACGGAGAAGAAAUCGAAAGAUUUUCAGCCCUUCAAUCCGAGUUGAAGAAACGAGCUGAAAUUGUGGAGUAUAUGAUGCUUGAACUCCAGGAAGAAAAGAAAGAGUUGAAGGGAAGAACAAGGGAGCUGUAUGAUGAAUCCGAUAGGCUGGUGAAUUGGUUGAAAGUCCAUUCAGCUGGUUUUCCCAUAGACGACGCGUUUGGAGCUGGGAAUAGAAAGUCGGAAAUGAUUAGGGAGUGUUUGGCAGGUGAUUUAGCAGUGGAGGAUUUGAUGUAUGCGUUGGAGAAAGGAAUUGAGGAGGGAGUGGUGAGUUUCGAGGCUUAUAUGAAGCAGGUGAGGGUCUGUGCUCGAGAGCAGUUCUUGCAUAGAGCUAAAUUGGUGAAGAUUGGAAGAGGCCCAAUGUUUUAGUUUGUUUGUUUUUUUCUCCAUCUUUUUCAUUUAACAAAUUCUUGUACCAAAGUGAAGUAGGGUCUAAUCCAAUCAUUUCAUUAAAAGUGUUCAUGAGCUUAA